GUCAUUCAAAUUUCAAAUUCAAACUCGAAAUAGGGUUUCGAAAAUCAAAAUCACUCAAAUCGAGAUGGCUUCAUCGGCGGACAUGAAGGGAUUCUACAAGCAGAAGAAGAAAAAUGCAGGAAUCAGUAAACCUUCGUCUACCAAAUCCAAAUCGAAGUCCAAAAACGCUGCGAGUUUUGGAGCGAGUGUCGCUCAACCUCCUGCUCUUGUAGCCCAUGGUUCUCUUGAUCUUCAAGAGAAUCGCGAUGCAAAUGAAGAGGUAUUAAGGCAAUUUGACAUGAACAUGAUGUACGGGCCAUGUGUUGGGAUGAAGAGAAUUGACCGCUGGAACAGGGCUUCUUCACUGGGGUUGAGCCCGCCUGAUGAUGUUUAUCGUCUCUUGACGUCUGCUGCAAGUGAGGUUUGUGCCGACUCCUUGUGGGAUGCUCGUGUUUGACCGUUGUAACAAGUCAACAAAAUACACACAAUGUGUGCUAUUAGGCUUUGUUGUCGUAGUCCAAAAAACCUUUCUGUUUGUUGCCCUGUACAGUCUCUAGCUGUCUAGGGUGGUUUGUCGUGCUAUGUUGAUCUUGUUAUGGUUAAUCUUUAUGUUUUAAGCUAAGUAUCAAUGCUUUUGAUUUA